AAGUAAAGUAAAGUAUAUAUUAGGUCACUUGGGCCGCCCGCAUCCCUAGGCUCACUUGUUCUCUGUGUUGUUGUCUUGCCCCCAGCGAUCGUCACCCCCUUUACACAGUGGCCCUCCACCAAAAUGGGGAAGCUUAAGUGUAGUGACCUACGUAGCAAGAAGAAGGAGGAGCUCUUGAAGCAGCUGGAGGAGCUCAAACAAGAGCUCUCCGGUCUGCGUGUGGCAAAGGUCACAGGUGGAGCUGCCUCUAAACUGUCCAAAAUCCGUGUUGUACGCAAAUCAAUUGCCCGUGUAAUGAUUGUCAUCAACCAGAAGACAAAAGAGAACUUAAGGAAAUUUUAUAAGAAUAAGAAAUACAAGCCUUUGGAUCUCCGCCCAAAGAAGACUCGUGCCAUCAGACGUGCACUAAGCAAGAGGGAGCUUCAAAUUCUUACUCCUAAGGAUUCUAAGAGGAGGUGGAAUUUCCCUAUGAGGAAGUAUGCUGUUAAGGCUUAAAUAAAAUAUGACAAUAGUA